CCAACCCUCAAGAAUCCUUUCUCCACUCAAGGAAUCCUUCUGCUUUGAAAUCUCUCAGUCAGGGAGGUCAGUUUUGCCCAGCUGAAUAUGUUUCUCGGUGAUGCUUUUGCAUCUGCCAGCAAAGCUCUCCAAAAGUCUAGCUCAGCAGCUGUGCUUCAGAACCUUUGCACGGAAUUACCUGUGAACAUCUGGCUCAAGGUCUGCAGCACAGAAAAUGUCUGGGCCACAGAUGUGUCUGCCUUGCCGGUUUCUUCUGGUCAUGUGCCUCAGCCAUCCUUUAAUCAUGGCUGUUGGUUUACAGCAAAACCUGAAGAAUGAGAUGUUCCGUUUCUAUCACAUGUUGAUGCUUGCAGAGGGCAAGGAAACGACAAUCUCUCUCUCCAAAGGGAUGCCUCAAAGGUGCUAUUUUGUUCUAAAAGAAAGCAAAACCUCUUCAUUCUUCACAGUGAGAGUAACCCCAUGUGACAUCCCCAUUGAGUGGAGUAUACGAGUCCCUAAGACAUCGGCAGACCAUUUUGGGAAAACAAUUUCUGGUAAUUCGAAUGCUCAGGAAGUCCUCCGAUUCCAGAAGGGCCCCAAGUUGGUGCGGACUCUCUUUAGUUAUCGAGGUAAUUCAGUAGAAAACUACACAGGAGCAUCUCACCAUUCCGCAGUCUACAUGCUUGAAUUCCUCUCCAUUGAGAAAGACACCCAGAUUAAAGCAUAUUUGACCACGGACUCCAAAUCGGAUCACUUUUAUCCAGAACUGCCGAUGGAUCCCCGCAUUGACGUCAUUGGGAUUGGUCCCACCACAGUAACUCUGGCUUGGAAGCAGAGUCCGAGCAUCCUGCCACCCCAAGGAAACAUUCAUUAUUGUCUCCUGGUGAACAAAAACUACAAUUUCAAGACUUUCUGUGCAGCAGAAACAGCAACACAACCUACAGGGGUGAAACUGUCUCCUUCUUUGGUGAGCUUGCCUUCCACAGGUAGCCUCCCAUCUCAGGAACCGAAAGCCCCGUCCAAGAGCAAAGUCAGCAUGAGUCACAAAGGUGGUAAUGCACAGGUGAAACAAGUUUGUGUGGGGCUCACAAAUACCUACACAGUGUCCCACUUGACUCCUGGCAUUCAGUACUACUUUGACGUUUUUGUCGUCAAUUUCCUCACCAACACCAGUGCUGCUUAUACUGGAGCCUUCGCCCGGACUCUUGAAAAUCCUGAGUCCAAUGUGAGCAAACUGAAGGACGGGAAGGUGAUUCAGUUGAGACUGGAUGGGAGGAAGCAGCCCUUUUACAAUUUGCUGUACCAGGCAACGCAGAAGCAGGUUCGGUUUGCCUUCCAGUCUUGCAGUGGGCAACUCCUAGUGGAAAUAUCCAAGGACGGGGAAGUCUUGAUGUCAGAGAGAUUUGCUGGCUUGAGGCAUUUCAUCCUGAAAGGAAGGUUGGGAGAUACCUACCUGGUCCAUCUGUGGUCCGCUGAGACUUCAGCUGCAUCCGUGAAGGUUCAGGUGUCCUCUCUCUUCCAUAGGUCUUUCUUCCCAGCUCUCCCAGAGAGUUUAAAAAUCAAAUCCUUUAAGAAACUGAGGAGCUGCCAUUCAGUCACCAUCGCCUGGCUUGGAACUCAGGAACUGAGCAAGUAUUGCAUCUACAAGAAGGAGAUUGAGGAGGACCAGACAUGGGUGGCCACCAGGAAAGUCGAUAGGUGCUCUGGGCCGGAGUCGAGGCAGAAGAGUGAAAAAGUGCUCUGCAAAUUCUUCCACGAUCUCAAUCUGCAACGAGCUGUGACUACCGAAACCAUCCGGGGCCUGGAAGCAGGGACGGCCUAUCUUUUUGAUGUGUAUCUCAUUGGGUCCUCGGGGGUGCCCAUCCGCUAUUACAGCAAAGUUGUGAAGACCAGGAAGAGAUGUUGAGCGCCUUUCAACACCCAAGGAGAGGUCAAACUGAGAAACACCAGGCAAAAGUAACAUUGGUGGUUGCCGCCUUCAGAAUUAACUUGAGACACAAAAUUGUGUUUGAAGUUGCAAGAUUGGAGAUGGACAUCUUAGCUUGGAAAACUAGAUUUGCUCGAUUUGCUAUAUUUGCUCCUAUAACCUCUCUCCUUUGACCCAGAGGUUUCUCCGUAUAACAAAACACCUGCCACUGAAAUUAAAUGAUUCUUUUUCAAACCCAAGCCUACAAAAUCAAAAAAACCUGAGGGAUGCCUACUUCGUAAGGUCAAAUAAUUUAGCUUUGUCUUGCAGUUUAAUGCCCAAAAUUCUUAUCUGGAGUUUGAGGCUUGAUGUAAUGACCUGUUAGCAAAACUCCCCUUUUCUUACACUGUAUAUAAGCAAAUUCUUCUCAUUUGGCCCUUGCAAAAAGCUGAAAGAACUAUCAGAAGAGAAAUCUUGGCAUAAUCAGUUAACAUCAUGCCUCAGUAUUUCUAUCCAUCAUGUAGAGAAAACUGAAGGAGAAGUGUGCUGGUCCCCUUCCCUCUGUUCCCCCCUCCCCCAUUUCAUGUAUAUGGUUACUCUAAUGGUAACUCAGAGAAAACCCAAUAUGUCCCGCAGUUCUCAUUAGCAGUGACCAAUCCAUAGCCCCUUGAAUUGUUCUGGUAGGCUAGGGCUAGGCUAAAGGACUGACAUACCCAGUAAGGGUUAUAAUGGAACUAUGGCUUGAGGUGACAUUGUAGGAAGAUAGAUGAUAGUCCUUGAUUGCCAGAGGCUAGAAGGACUCUGGUAUAAUGGAAUAGCAAGAGUUGGAAGGGACUUUGGUGGUCUUCUAGUCCAGGGGUCUUCAACCUUGGCAACUUUAAGACUUGUGGACUUCAACUUCCAGAAUUCUGGGAGUUGAAGUCCACAAGUCUUUAGUUGCCAAGGUUGGAGACCCAUGUUCUAGUCCAAUCCCUGCUCAAACAGGAGACCCUAAACCAAUUUGGACACGAUACCUUUUCUGACCCAAUUUUCUUUUAAUUAAAAAGCAUAUACUUGUAUGAGCUGCAACUCACUUCAUCAGAUGCCUUGACUCAAGACUUCUUUACCUUUUUACCCCUACUCGUUGAAUGACCCAUGGUGUCCACUGAAGUGGUGGCAAAUUCUUCUGAUGGAUAUUUUGGGUCUUAAUAAGUAAGGGUUUCGUUUCUUUGAAACAGGGCUCCUCCAAAUGUUUGAUGAGUUCCUAACCAAGAUCCAGUCUGGGUCAGUCACUGGGACCAGAAGUUUAGUCUUCUGAGCUUUCGGACUCGUGCUGGAGCCCAUCCCCAGGGAACUCUUCUCUCUACUGGAAUAUGUUCUUUGGGCUAUUUUAUGUGUCAUGCUUAUUUGGCGCCUACCUUUUGAUUGAUUGGUGUGUUGAUAGAAGGCAUCAUAUAAAUACUGCACAAGAGAAUAGCCCAAAGCACACACUCUGCUAGAGAGAAGUUCCCUGAGGAUG